CCCCUGCUGAAGACUAUAUAAAAUCAUAACUUUAACCCUGAUUUUUUUAAUAUAAUAAUAAUCAUCUUUAUUGGUCAUUGCACAUGUACAUUACAACGAAAUUGGUCGUCUGCAUUUAACCCAUGCGCCCGGGGAGCAUUCUGGGGCCCGGAGUGGUAAUCUGUGGGAUACGAACCUGACCCCUUGUGUCUCUCUCAGGAACACAAAACCUCCUGUUCUAACCACUAGGCCACCACUCCCAGAGCUCAGUUCAAUCUGUCGUGUCUGAACGCUGCUUUAUCUUCGGGAGUGUCUAUGCAAAUCACAACCGUCUGAGCAGAAGGUCGCAUUAAAAAGGCGCCUCCCACACGUUGCUGCACACCGUGCAGAAGGAACUGCGUCCCCUCAGUUACAGCAGUAAUGCGCGGCGCGGUCACGCAAACUUCUACUCCCUGCAGCGAUACUCUGAAGUCAAAAUAGCGAGCAGGCAGAGGUGGGAGGGCUAGAGUUGGCGUCCCGAACUUUAAUGCUCACCUCGACAUGCCACCCCACAUGGAUUACUUUUACCACGAGUCCCGAGUCCCUUCAGCUUGCGGGCUUACCCGGGAGGAUGAGCUGGACCCCGAUGUGAUCAGCUGCAUGCUGGUCGGAGACGGAGCGGUCGGGAAGACCAGCAUGAUCAUCAGCUACAUCUCCAACGGAUACCCUGCGGAGUACCAACAGACAGGCUUUGAUGUUUUCUCUGGUCAGGUCAAGGUGGAAGGAUCUCCGGUAAAGAUUCAACUUCUGGACACAGCUGGACAGGAAGAGUUUGACGAAUUCCGAGCUGUGUCCUAUGCUCACGCCGAUGUCUUCCUCCUGUGCUUCAGCAUGGUCAACCCCGACUCGUUCCACAACAUCACCAAGAAGUGGGUGCCGGACAUCCGGGCCCACAACUCGUCCUCGCCCAUCAUCCUCGUUGGGACUCAGCUAGACCAGCUGCUGGAUGUGAACGUCCUAAUCAAUCUGGACAAAUUCAACGUCAAGCCGGUGCUGAGCUCUCGGGCCCGGAGCAUGGCGGACAAGAUCCGGGCUAGGGACUACAUAGAGUGCUCAUCGUUGACGCAGAAGAACUUGAAGGAAGCGUUUGAUGCGGCCAUUUUUGCAGCGAUUAAGAGCAAAACCCGCAAGGGGAAGAAAAGGAGGUUUUCCGACAGGCGCACUAAGGCCUUCUCAAGGUGCAGCUGGAAGAAGUUCUUCUGCUUUAUCUGAACUGUAUUUAAUUCAGUUCUUUGAAUACUUUUAAUUUAUUUAAAUAGUGUACGUCACAUUCUUUCACACAUGAGAUCUGUGGCAUCAUUAAUCAUUGGUAAAGUUGACUUAUUUUGUCUUUGAUGCCAAAUAUGGAGACAUGAACAGUACUAGAAACAAACACGAAGAGGAUACAGGGACAUUCCCAGCCUGUGAUUGGUGUCACUUUGUACCAGACUGCUGCAUAUUGAUAUUUGUUCCAAGUCAACAGGAGAAGAAAACUUUGCACAUGCUGUUUUUUGUGUAUCCACCACCUGUGUGGUAAGUGAGAGAAAAGUACUUUGAUUUGGGGCUUUGUGGGACAGAGCUGCAGAGAGAAAGGCUAGGCCAGUAUGUAAAAAAAAAAAAAAGCAAAACAGUGAAUUUGCAUGCUGUGCUUUGCCACUGGUUUCAAACCGAAAGUGUCGGGACUGUAUGUCCUGGCAGAGGGGUGUUGUUUUCUCACUUUUCUUGCAGCAGCGACUUAUUUAUAUGCGGCCGCUGCAAUUAGGUGCUGCAUUCAUACCUUAUUUUGAAAGCUUCCCCGACUGGUUUGGUCAGGCUAUUUCUAUUCUUUUAGGAAACCACGUGACAAACAUUUUCAUUUUAGUUCAAUUUUUAUGAACCCCAACAGGAGCCUUUGUUUUUUUUAAAUGAAAAGAAAAAGUAAUUUAUCUGCCUUUGUCUUUUGGCUGAGACUGGUUCUUGUCUGAGUUGUAAAGUUUCAGUAGAGCAGAAACUGUUGGCUUUCUGUCUCUUUAAUCUGCAUCUGUAAAAGCAAAGCACUGCAGGGAAUCUCUUCUUCCCUUCAGACCCCAUCACCAAAAUCAUCUCUCAUUGUUUAUUAGCUCAAUACACUCCUGAUCCCUGAAGCCCAGUGAGUCCAGGCAGAGAAGACGCUCAGAAGCCUCUAUUCCAAUGUGACUUUGAGAAUAUGCCUUUAAAAAAGCCUUUUGGAAAAUUUUGCACUUCAGUGUUAUAAUAUGUGGUACAUAUGAAAGUGUAUAUAAGUAUGAGCUUUACUAUGCUUCUUGUGGAAGUGAGCUUUAUGUUUCUGUUUAUUUUAAACAAGUGUGGGGCCGCAAUUAUUGGCAACCCAGGUAAAAAUGUGUAAAAGGCCUUAAAAUGAAUUUGUCUUGUGUUGUAGUUGCAUAAUAUAUAGCUCUCUUUUGUGAGGUUUUCCACCUCCCUUACAUCCUCUUUAACAUGCACAGUUGCAAGAUAAAUGUGAGUCCAGGCCUAGCCUUGUUUGUCACGGUUCCAGUUGUUUGAAACUUUGAAAUUAUUGCCCUGACUGUGGAUAUGAGUAGGUAUAGACAUGUAGCUAUUUUUCUGUGGCCAUUUCCUGAUUUAUGAAGAUCAAUAUACAUUUUACCUAGCUUUAAAUGUAUGUUCUCUUUUCUUUCCCAUUUUUAAAGGAGGGCUAAGAGAAAUCGGCCUCUGACAUUUUUAUAACCUAGAGAAACAAGAAGUCAUGGAUAACAUUAAAAGUCAACUGAUACUCUGAUUAGCUUUAAAAAAAACGUAAAUAUAAUUUAUUGGAUGUGAGGGGUACCAUGAAAUGAGCCACUGGUGUUUGUACUGUUUUACUGUUUGUAAAAACAGAUUAACUAUAAUUUUUCCCUUCUAAAAAAAUAUUUCUGUAUUUAUUAGUUUUGUUUUAUUUUAUUUUUUUGGUUGUUCCUUCUUGACUUCUAGUUUCCUUACUUGUUUUCCUCCAUGUUGUUGUUGUUGUUAAACUCAUGGCCUGCCUAGUUUAUUGCCUUAGCUAGACAGUCUAUUGUGCCUUUUGAAUACAGUAUUAAUUAAUUCACUCAAGUCAUUCAUUCAACGGGGGAAUAAUGCAUUUACACAUUUUGUAAAGCAAAUGUGCCCCGACACUGCAGGACAACCAGACCCACCAAACUGUUUUUUUGGUGUUUGUUUUCAGAACUUCCAGGACAUAAAACACAAUAGAUAAAUGACCUCAAAUUAAUAAGUUGAAUUUUUUCUAAUUAUUUUCCAGUGUGAGAAUACGCAACUGCAAUAAAAUAUUUUUUUUUUUUUUUCCAGGGUUUUUUACACAGCUUUCCCAGGGGGGCUAUAAUUUUGUUGGGCACUUAGUAUAAAAAAUAUCAUAAGUGGGUUUUAAAAGCAAAAACUGUUAAUUGUUACCUUUUUUACAUCAUUGUCAUCUUGAAAACACUCUAUUCCUUUCUUUUACAUGGCAGAGUGAUGUGAUGGAAACAAUAAACAAAUAGCUUUUUACAGUAAA